GAGUUGAUUGGAGUCAACGGCCAUCGCUAGCGGCUACAGCUGGUCGUGCGUGGAGUCUGGAGAGCGCGAUUCGAAAACAUUGGCGGUCGUCGUCGAGCCGAUAGGCCACACUGUCAAUGAUGAAAAAAAGGGUUAUCGCUGUAUCGUGUUCGUACACGCUCCCGCUCGCCCGCGCCACUGCCGCUGCCGUCGUUGUGUCACACGCCCACCGAAUGUUGAUAAGGAGCCGCGAUUAGAGCAGCGUCAGCUCCCACGCCGCUGGAUCACCCCGCUUGGUGUCACAUGUGCCAGACGUGAGGAAAAUGAGCAUACUGCGAAAGAGAUUGAGCGAGUUCGAUGACGUUCUCGACGCGGAUGAGAUUGACACGGCCAGCCUCAGUAAAAUAUGUUUCCACGGUAUACCCGACGAGCCCGGUGGUCUGAGACCCCUAUGCUGGAAGCUGUUGUUGAACUAUCUGCCACCGACAAAAUCCAAUUGGUUAGAGACUUUAAAACGCAAAAGGGAAUUGUACAAUACCUUCAUCGAGGACCUCAUUGUUAUGCCUGGUCAAUCAAAUACCGAUGACAAAGAGAGAGUCGAUGUGACGUUACACGAUCAUCCUCUUAAUUUAAAUCCAGACAGCAAGUGGCAGACGUACUUCAAAGAUAACGAAGUUUUACUUCAGAUUGAUAAAGAUGUUAGGCGUUUAUGUCCAGACAUAUCAUUUUUUCAACAAGGUACUGAUUAUCCAUGUGAAAAGAUAGUAAACGCUAACGGCCAACAACGUUUGCAUCACAGAGUUCAACACACAGUGCUGAAAAGUGCCAAUGUCGAAAGAAAAGGCUUAGGAGUGACCAAGCAGAUAGCGGUUUCUGUCAGAAAGGCUUCAGAGGAUUACGCGCCAUUGGCAGAAGGUGGUGAAGCACACUGGGAAGUUUUAGAAAGAAUACUCUUUUUGUACGCCAAGCUGAAUCCUGGCCAGGGUUAUGUGCAAGGAAUGAAUGAAAUAGUCGGACCUAUAUAUCAUGCAUUUGCUUGCGAUCCGGAUCCUACAUGGAGAAAACAUGCUGAGGCGGACACUUUUUUCUGUUUUACUAAUUUGAUGGCCGAGAUACGUGAUUUUUUUAUAAAAACAUUGGAUGAAGCUGAAUUUGGAAUUAAUUCGAUGAUGAGUAAAUUAACCAAUCAAGUUCGAGCUAAUGAUCCUGAUAUUUGGUCGCGUUUACAUCAGCAAGAGCUCUGUCCGCAAUAUUACAGCUUUAGAUGGUUGACGCUUCUUCUUUCACAAGAGUUUCCCCUGCCGGAUGUUAUGAGGAUAUGGGACUCGUUGUUUGCCGAUGAGAACAGAUUCAGUUUCCUCAUACAUAUCUGCUGCGCCAUGAUCCUAUUAUUGAGGGACCAGUUAUUGGCCGGUGAUUUUGCUGCAAAUGUUAAACUUUUGCAGAAUUUUCCUUCGAUGGAUAUCCAGAUCGUGCUCUCUAAGGCCGCUGCCUUAGCAGGCAAGACUUUCUGAGUUUCUCAAUGAUUAUUUAAGAACAAGAAUUAAGAACGAAUAAGCUGCAAUUUCUCGUAUAUCAUCAAAUAUCAUGCUCUUCCUCUUCUUUUUUUUUUGACUUAUUACAACUAUAUACGUGAUACAUCGUAAAACGUAAUUUUAUAUACCAUCGUCAUUCCCGGGGAGAGAGAAAAAAAUGCAAUAUAAAGAUAUCAAUUAUAAUAUCAUGUAGACAUUCGAGCUGAUAGCCGAUCUUAUAUCAAACAUUUAACGGUUGUAUAUAUAUACACAACACACUAAGAAUACUGAGAUCUACAUACAGCAUUUUGCCACUUGUUAAAUUUUUUGAUAUAUUUAAAGUGCGUUUAUGUACAUACAUAUUAUAUUGGAAUGUAACAUUUGGCUGAGGAUGUCGAAGUGUAAAUUUAUACAGAAGAUAUGAUAAUCAUUUCGUAAGCAAUUAAUGAUAAGAUGAGAAUUUAAAGUCGAGGGGGGAAAUCUGAUUUAAGCUUUCCCUCUUUGGCCGAUACAGAAUCACUUUUGCAAUAAUCGCAUCGCAAUAGAUUAGUAUCACACAUUUACGCGCCAUAAUAAUUACACAAUACGUUAAGAGAAGAAAUUACAUUUUGUAAUCUUAUUUUUGUAAUAAAACGCCUCGUUCGAACUAUGUUUAUAAAAUAAAGGAAACCGUUAUCAACUCUC